AUGAAUGAUGCUUUUUACACUGGUUCGGUUGGUUCUAGUUCAAAUCAAAUCCAUGCGGUUAGUCCUAAUGGAUCUAUGAAUACUAGUCAGGAUGAACAAAUACAACAAAAUCAACAACCACAAAGACCAUUGAGUUCUGGUAGUGGUGGUAGUGGUAGUGGCUCUGGUGGACAGGGGAUAACUCAGGCUAUAAGAAAUCAUUUGGGAUUCAAUGAUGAUAAGAAAUGGAAAGAAUUUAGUAAUAGAAGAUUAGAAUUAAUUGAUAAAUUUAAUCUGAGUUAUAGAAAAGCUUCAGAACAAGAUGAUGCUAUAAAACAAAUUGCUAAUUUAUUAAGAACUGAAUUUGGCUUCCCACAAGAUACUCUGAUGGAUUUUGAUAAAUUAGUUCGUGCCGCUGUUCAAUCUGUUCGAAGAAAUAGGAAAAGAUCUUCAAGAUCAAGAAUUCAUAAUGAUCGUUUUAUACUGAAUGAAAAAUUACAAGAACAACAUGAAUUACAACAUCAAAAUCAUAUUCAAAAUACUAUGGGGGUGAAUACUCUGUUAGCUAAUGCUACUGGAUCUAAUGCUUCAAAUACAACAAAUACAACAACUGAUACAACUCCUUCAGACUCUCAUCAAACAUCCCCUAAUCCAACAAAUAAUAUUUUACAACUGCCUCCAAUUAAAUCAAUACCACAAAUAACAAUAUCUCCUUUUAAUAAAAAUAAAUUAUUACAAUCAAUACAAAAAUCCAAGACUUGUGCAUCAAUAUCAAAUAAUGAUCCAGAUUUACAUAUUGAUAAUUUAAUUAAUUUAGGAAAUUCAAUAAUAAGUGCUUCAGCAGCUUUUGUAUUGGAAAGAUUUUUUCAAGAUCUGUCAAAUGAUUCAAUAAAUUAUCUUUAUCAACAAAUUACUUCCACAAUUACAAUUUCCAAGAUUUUAAAAUCUUUAGGUGUUACUACACAAGAAUUAAUUAUACUUUCAGAUUUCCAAACAUCUCAAUUACUGGCAAAAUUAUUAGGUGGUAUAGUUAAAGAUUUUGGAUUUGAUUCAACUUGUUAUGAUUUAGCAGAAAUUUUCCAUGAAGUUAUACUGAAUCAAUAUCCUUUAGUUGCAACUCAAGUUCAAAAAAUUACAAAUGAAUCAUUAGUUGCACCAACUUUAAGUGUUAUACCAAAAGAAGCUGAUAAAGAAGUAACAAAAAAUGUUCAAUUAUCAUAUGGUGAUAAAAAUUUAAAUUUUAUCUUUAAACCAAUAAGUACAGCACCACCAACUUUAUUAGAAAUUUUAGAAAAUGGUAAAAUUGCAUUUAAAAUUGAAAAAAAUACAUCAUUAUUAUCAUUAAAAAAUUUUACAAAUAAUGAAAUUAUAUCAAAUGAUGAAAAAUUAGAAAAAUUAUUUAAACAAGAUUCAUCAAAUGAUUUAAAAUUAAUUAUUGAAAUUAAAGGUAAUUCAAAAGAUUUAUUAGAGAUUAAUUCUCUGUUAUGA